GCUCCCUCCGCACUCACACAUUCUUUCCCUCCGCUCUCUAACUCUGCUUCGCCCCUAAAAACAAAAAACAAAAAAAACAACCAAACUUUUCAAACAUAUUGAUAACCUUUGUUUAAAAAAAAGAAAAAAAGAAAAAGGAAAAAAAAGAGAAGAAACCCCUCACCACCGCUGUGACAAGAGAAGAAGAAAUGACAGUUGUGAGGACGGCAACACGGAUUUGUGAGCACCGCUUCUGACAGCUGAGCUCCUUCGGCAAUGCCACGGUCUCCUCUCUGAUGAGACGAUGAGAACCCACACCCGUGGGGCCCCCACAGUCUUCUUCAUAAGUCUGCUGUGGCCCCUGCUUGCCCCGGUGGUGGCGGUGGAGGCGGCGGCGGCGGCGGCAACGGAAGUGGACCCCAGCGGAGGAAUCCCCUUCAUGGGAGGCAACUAUGAUGGGCAUCCCAUGUUGUACUUCAGUCGGGGGGAUGUGGAGGAGCUGCAGUACGCAGCCACAGGGACUCAUCGGGACAUGGCGAGGAGGAUCCGUGAGGCUGGGGAAACCAUGCUGGAGAACCCGGAGGGGUACCUGCCCCCCUGGAGCCCCGCGGAGUUCAGCGCCCGCUGGAACGAGGUGUACGGAAACAACCUGGGUGUGCUGUCCAUGUUCUGCCUGCUUUACCCUCACAGGGCCGGGGCCCUCGACCUGGCCAAGGACUACAUGGAGAGGAUGGCGGCUCAGCCUAGUUGGCUGGUCAAAGACGCCCCCUGGGAUGAGGUUCCUUUGGCGCACUCUUUGGUCGGGUUUGCCACCGCUUACGACUUCCUGUACGAGUACUUGAGCAAGGGCCAGCAGGAGCGUUUCCUCCAGGUGAUCGGCAACGCGUCGCGCCUGAUGUACGAGAAGUCCUACGUCCGAGGCUGGGGGUUCCAGUACCUGCACAACCACCAGCCCACCAACUGCGUGGCGCUGCUCACGGGAAGCCUCGUUUACAUGACCCAAGGUUACCUUCAGGAGGCCUACCUGUGGACCAAGCAGGCGCUGUCCAUCAUGGAGAAGUCCAUGGUCCUCCUGCGGGACGUGACGGACGGCUCCCUGUACGAAGGCGUGGCCUACGGGACUUACACCACCCGCUCUCUGUUCCAGUACAUGUUCCUGGUGCAGCGCCACUUUGCCAUCAGCCACUUCGACCACCCCUGGCUCCUGAAACACUUUGCCUUCCUCUACAGGACCAUCCUGCCCGGUUUUCAGCGGACCGUAGCCAUCGCAGAUUCCAACUACAACUGGUUCUAUGGGCCGGAAAGCCAGCUGGUCUUCUUGGACCGCUAUGUGUUGCGUAAUGGCAGUGGAAACUGGCUGGCGGAUCUGAUUCAUCAAAACAGGGUGAUAGAAGGGCCAGGGCAGGCUGGGAAGGGCCAGCGAUGGUGUACUCUCCACACAGAGUUCAUCUGGUUUGACCCGAGCCUGAUGCCCAAGCCUCCGUCAGACUUUGGAACAUCCCAGCUCCACUACUUUGAGGACUGGGGCGUGGUCACGUACGGCAGUGCUUUACCUGCAGACACCAACCACACCUUCAUGUCCUUCAAGUCAGGGAAGCUGGGCGGACGCGCUAUCUUCGACAUCGUUCACCGGAACAAGUACAAAGAGUGGAUCAAAGGGUGGAGGAACUUUAACGCCGGCCACGAGCACCCGGAUCAGAACACCUUCACCUUUGCGCCCAACGGCGUCCCGUUCAUCACGGAGGCGCUGUACGGACCCAAGUACACCCUGUUGAACAAUGCGGUGUUGUUUGGCUCGGCUGUCUCAGGGAGUUGCUUCAAGCCGUGGGCCGGACAGGUCACAGAGGCCUGCGACUCGAAGUGGUUGAAAUACAAAGUGGGGCUGGCGGCUGACACCCAGGGCAGAGUAGAAGCUGCUAUGGAGAGACAGGGAAUGGUCUUCAUCCGUGGCGAGGGACGUUCCGCUUAUAAUCCGGAGCUGAAGAUCAGGAACUUUCAGAGGAACCUGCUCCUCCUUCACCCACAGCUCCUGCUCCUCGUGGACCACAUCCACCUGGAUCCCGACAGCCCAACCAGGGCCAUGAGCGCCUUCUUUCACAACACGGAGCUGCCGUUCCAGGGCACAAAAGUAGAUGGCGUUCACGGAGCGUUCGUAUCACACGGAGAGGACAAGUACAAGAUGUUUUGGAUGGAUGACACUGGCUACAGUAACAGAGGAGUGAUAGGAUACUGGAAUUACCCUCGAGGGUACCCGUACAACGGCUCUAACUACGUCAACGUCACAAUGCCAUUGAGGUAUCCUCACACGAGGGUGGCUUACAUUUUCUUUGGACCAGGGGUGGAUGUCCAGAGCUUCAGCCUGCGCGGCGACGACCAGCGCGUGGAUAUUUACCUGGCCACCAAGGAUCACACUUACACCAUCUACCUGCUAACCGGAGAGGUCACCAGCAAGCCUCUGUACUCCAUGGUGCUGCUGGACCACAAGAAGAUCGUAUUCGAGAAGGCUGCAGCUGCGGCGGACAGCUCGCCGGAGGAAGUGGAGGAGUACGUCAACGUGAUGGAGGACAACCUCCAGCACGUCAAGCCCGUCUUCCAGCAGAUGGAGAGACACAUCCUCGGACGGGUCCUCAACACCGCCAGCUUCCGUAAGACUGCGGAGCGCCUCCUCCAGUUCUCUGACAAAAAGAAGACGGAGGAGGCCAUCGAGAAGAUGUUUGCUAUGUCCAAGAAGCAGGGCAAGGGCAAAGGGGGGAAGAAGGUGAACCUUGGGGACAAGCUUUCUGAGAGUCUACCUGACAUUUUUGCACAGAUUGAAGUGAGUGAAAAGAAGGAGAGGCAGAAAACUUCAAAGCGAACGUACGAGGACAGUCCAGAAGAGGGCGACGCCGACUCACGGGCCUUCAUGGAUUAUACAGACAGUCGCAAAAACAGAAAGGGCGGCUUCGUCAAGGGCCGCAAAUUCAAAGAGGUCCACAUGGUGGCCACAGCGGGGAGCGAGGGUCUCCCCAGCACAGCCUCCUACAUACGGCUCUUCCUCCUCCUGAACACCUUCACCUUCUUUCUGCUGCUGGCCGUGUUACUGACUCGCUUUCAGAGGGGUCGAAGCUUGCACACGCAGAGGUGUUUCUACACCAUCCUUCUGAUCGACUGCUUCAUCUUACUGUACCUCUACUCCUCCUGCUCUCACACGCAGUGUUAACAUCGUGAGCGGGUGAGGGGUCUUCCAGCUACAGAUCAAAUGACCUGUUGUCCAUGGUGAGCUAAAUGCACCCCACACCUCAGUCUGAGCCAGAUCUUAGCACCAGAAUAUUAGGACCAGUAGUAGAAGAAGAAUCUGAGAUUUCAAGAAAAGAAAUUGUGCUAUAGAGCUCCACGGGAAUGAGUCCUAAAACCCAGAAGUUAGUUGUAUUUUAGCACUUCCUGUUCCCUCGUCCUGAAAUCUGUGGGUUUUUUGAAUGUCCGUGGUUAACACAAGCUCAAAACACUUUCACGUUUUAUUCUACAUAAAAUACAUCAUGAAAUACCCCAGACCUAAAUCAAACUACAAGUUGAAGUUUAGUGGUGGUGACGUUGAAGUCAUGUGACCGACGUGUAGUUAGUUUUAUAGCCUAACGUUAGCUUUUUACUCCCGGUGAUUGUAUUUAGGCUUCAAUCGUAAUAAAAGUCCGUCACAGCGUUUAUUUUCCAAACUCUUUCUCGAGGGAACCAGAGAGCACCGACAUCCGGGUUUGCCCUCAAAAACACGUCCUCCCUGCAGCUCUCGUAUUUUGACAAAAGAUGUGUAAUGUUAUAAGAAUGAAGUCGUGUUAUUAUUUCAGGACUUAAGUUCUAAACAAACACGAAACAACACGUAUGUUGACAAAAAUCAUGAUUACACAAGAAAAAAAGUCAAUAUUUAAGCGAUAAAGUCGUAAUGUUAUAAGAUGCUUCUUUAAGUUCUACUCAUGUUUUAGUCUUAUGCCGUCCGUCAACAUUUACAUGUCAAAUAAGGGAUUCAAUCGACCUGAAGUCACAGGGUUCAUCUAUAAACACCUCAUUAUCUUACAGUCUAGGACAGUGAAAUUAAAUGAACCCAGUUGAAUCAUGUGACAGAAUUACCUUGUUCUCCUGAUAUGACUUUUUUGCUUAUAAUAUUUUGACUCUUUCCCCCAAAAUUAUGAUUUUAUACUCCUAAUAUUGUAAAUUUAAUUUUCAUUAUAUCAAUUUAACUUUUAUUCUCUGAAUUUUAUGACUUUUUUUAUUGUUAUUUUCUGACGUUUUAAUUUUGACUUUUUGUGUAACAUUAUGACUUUCUUGAAAUUUACGACUUAUACGCUCAUAAAAAUGUGACUUUUACUCUCUUUAUUUUUUUUAUUCUUGUAAUAUUAUAGUUUUUUCUAGGCAAGUCAAGUCAGUUUUAUUUAUACAGCCCUAAAUCACAAAUUUGCCUCAGGGGGCUUAAGGAUAGUAAAUUAAAAAGUUACAACUUUCUUCUCAUAAUAUUAUUUUUUUACUUGAAAUUACAACUUUAUUCCCAUAAUAUCAUGAGUUUUUCUCAAUGAUAUUAUGAUUUAAUUCUUGAAAUCUCAGACUUUCUUCCUCUAACACUGGCCCUGACACCUUCGAUAAGAUCUACCUAACGGGUGUUCAGGAAAAACAACUGAUUCCAAAUAGGAAUUGAUGAAUUUGCCGAGAUGAAACCAGAUCACCUCUGAUGUAAUAAGCUUCUGUGGAGCUUUAGAACCGAGUCUGUGUGAAGUUUGUCGUUUGUAGUGUUCAGAGGUUCCUGCCUUGUAUCAAAGAUCUCAAGGUUAGCCACUAUAAUGCAGUCGCCACAGCUGUACUUGAGAUUUGUCCUGUCUACAUAGUUCAUAGAAAUACAUUUAAAUGUAUAUAUGUGAAAGCAAGAUAUAUUUUUAUGGUCUCUCUCUCUCUUUUUUUUUUACCAUUUGUGAAUAAAAUUUCCACCCACA